CUGACAGGAAGUGAUGCUGGCUCAGCCGUGAGACAGGUGUUUCCAGAUGUUGGCGUGCUGGUCGUUGGUCUGCUGACCUGGAGGCUGAUCGUAAGACUGAACGCCGACACACACACGCAGCCUCAGGAGGAGGGACAGGAGGAGGAGGGGCAGCUGCAGGAGGACCUGAUGUUUGAGGAGGACUCUGUGCUUGGAGAGGAGGAAGAGGAGGAGGAAGGAGGCAGAAAGAGGCUUCUGGUUGAACUGGAGUCACUGGUUUGUAAAACCAGACAGAUUGUAGGAAACAUGACGACCGCUGGAGGGAAAGUCCUGCUGACGGCUCUACUGGGACUCACAGGUAUCAUCUUCCCCUCUCUCUCCUCCCUGCCCUACCUCCUCUGUUUCCAGGUGUUGUGUACCUGGUGGGCGUGGUCAGGCCAGGUCCCACCUCUCCUCUUCAGGGGGGUGUGUGUGAUGUCACUCCUCUACUCCUCCUCCCACUUCUUGCUCCUCUACUGCUACCAGCUUCCCUCAAUGCAGGAGGCGUGGCCUCCCAACCGCACCUCCGCCAGCGUGUUCGGCCUGGUCUCGGUGGGGUCUGUGGACUGUGGCGCCCCCUGGAGGCUGCAGGUGAACUCUGAGCUCAGCUGGUUUCACUUCAGCAGUCCUCUGAUGCUGCUGCUGCUCUACAACACGGUGGCCAGUCUGUGGAGGAACCAGGUGACGACAUCAUGAUGACAUCACACAAUGACAUCAUACCGCGGCUGUGUCUCAAGAUAGAUGGAUAGAACUUCAUUGAUUCCCGAUGGGAAAUUGCGAUGUUGCGGCAGCAAAAUUGACAGACCAGACAUAUUUACACAAACUAUUGUAUAAUGUACAAAGUUUCCUUUUCAAAAUGUGUUUACAACAGUGCGGCUGUCCUUUAUUUUCACGGGUCCUUCAGUCUCGUCUCCGGGCCCAGAGGGGAGUUGUUGUGAUGGUAGUGGGUAGGAAGGACUUCCUGUAACGGUGCUUGUAGGAGUCUCCAGCUGAAUGCGCUCUGCUGCCCGACCAGCAGGUUGUGCAGCGGGUGUGAAGUGUUGUGGAAGAUUCUUCUCUCCACAACCAAGUCCAGGGGCCCCGGAGCAGAGCCCAGCAGAGAACCAGCCGCCUUUAUUAGCUUGUUCAGUCUCUUGCUUGUCACUGGCUCUGAUGCUGCUACCCCAGCAGGUGGCUGCAAAGAAAACGCUUUCGACAACCGACUGAUACUGAGACAUAUACAAUAUUCUGCUGCAUACAUUAAAGGACCUGAGCUUCCUCAAAGAGAGUCUGCUCUGGCCCAAGUCAGGGGGCGAAACUAUGGGCUACUUUUGCAAAAGUCUACACACUAACCACAAAACCUUACACCACAAAAGAAAACAUCACCCAUCUCCAGCAAAACUGUUCUAAAACUUGUUUUUUCCAAGAAUAAAGUUCACACAAACAUCUCUGAAUAAAAACCCUGUGUAGGCCA